AUGACUUCGACCCUUGUUGAAAUCGGUCUGGAUAAUCAUCAAAACCAGCAAAAGCAGUUGGUACGUCAGCACCGUCGAAGCGAGCGCAGUCAUCUCAGCGAGGAGAUAUUCUCCGAGAGCAACCACCGCCGCAAGGAAGAGGAGAUUGCUAAAGCUGUAGCUGAGGAGACUCCAGAUAUGAAAGCUCGGUAUGGUGAGCUUCCCUUAAUGUAG